UCCAGCGCUGCUUCUUCUAGGCGGCUGUUUUUUUUAUGCGGCUCCCAUGCAAUCCUCAUGCCGAUGGUAGCAGCGUCCAACCUUCCAGCCCCUUUGACCAACGGAGAACUGAUCCAAACUGCCUUGUUGGAUGAUGUGCCCUCGUCCGACGAACUGGCUCAAUGGCUUUUGGACAAAGGCUUAGAUACUACAGACUGGGGAAAGGAAAACACAAAGGAUGUCAGCAAGUUUUGGAAGGAGAUUAAGCUCAACGAAGCUGGGCUGGAAGUCUGGAGAACCGUUGAUGGCACGCUGCAACCGGUGCGAACCGUGCAUGUCUUGCGAGCCAAGGUAACAUCCCCAGAUCGAUACCAGCGUGGAAUCUUCCUCUUCAACACCUGGCAGCAGUAUGGUGACGGACGCACGCGCACGCGCAACGGCUUGUUGUCUGAGAAGCUUACCACUGCUGAGAUGCCAUUAGAGGAGAAUUUGCACGAGGUGUGCCGCAGGGCCGUCACGGAGGAGGAAAUGCAACGGGUCGUGGAGAGCACGAUGAAGAUUGGACCUGGGCGACCUGCGCCCAAGUACGAUCCCAACCACAAAUGCCCUUUGGAGGUGGUAGCUGAGCAUUUUGUGGAUCACAUUAUCGAGCUUGAGCCUUCCAAGAGUUACCCAGGGCUCCUCACGAUGUACCACUUGUACACCGUUGAUAUUGUUUGCACUGGUCUGCCUUUGACAGACUUGAAUACGUUGGAGUUUGCAGAUGCCCAGAAGGACGGCAAUCGACCACUCAAAUACAUCCAUGCAUGGGUAUGGCUGGAGUGGCCACAAAUCCAACGCUAUCUUUUUGAAGGUAGCGUGCUAAAAGAAACCAAAGGUAAAGGAUCUUUUGGAGAUGCAGAUGCCUUGACAACGUGGCUAUCGCAGUUCGAUUUGCACAUGGACACAUGGGGCAAAGGAACCCUGAAGUCCGUAGAUUCCUUGUUCCGAGAGAUCGAGAACGAAGACUCGCAGCUGGAAUUGUGGGGCCGCCAUGAUGGGGUUCCCAUGUUAAUGCGUGUAACUCACGUCCUUCAGCUGCGGGUCACCUCUUCGGAUCCCAGUUUGAAGGGGAAAUUCCUCUUCAGCACCUGGGCAGAAGCAACCAACGGCAAGAGACGUGUGACGCACACGUUGCCUGCCAUGAAGUUGACCUUGAAGGACAUGCCUUACGAUCUCGAAAAAUUCACCACUUGCGCAUCAGCGCUAUUGGCAGAUCAGUUAACCAAUGUGGUGGAUAUCCAUUACCGGUUUACAGCCGAUUCUUCAUUGAGCGAUUGCGAACCCUCUGGGGUUCAAAUGGGCGACUUGCACUUCGUGGAACAGCGACAUGAUGUGGAGGAAUCUCCGUCGUACAGGGGGCUCUUCACGAUGUACCAUCUCUACUGCAUGGAAGCUGAGUGUACAGGCUUACCCAUCAGCGACUUUGCAUCGAUGGACCUGAAGGGGGGUGCGAUCUACAGCUUGAAAGGCUGGACAUGGGCAUCCGCCCAGCGCGUCAUGGACAUGAUGAGACAUCGGUCAUUAGUCUUGGAGCGUGAGCAGGGCCAAGCCAUGCAGCUCUGGCAAAACAUGAGCAAAGAGAGUCUGGACACCGUUGGAAGGUUGGAUGAACUGCUGAGACAGUUGUCCAAUCCCGAAAGCGAGCGCGAGCAAAGCCUGGCAGAAUCCCGCGAGCUCUUGAGCUUGCUUGAGACGAAGCUGAUGGAUGCUUCUGGCCAGAAAUCUUCUCGCCAUGAUGACAGCCCAAGUCGCAAAGGAAGGAGUUUCGUAGAGACGUUGCCCCCGUCGAUGUUGGCUGCCAUGGAGAUGUCUAGUAUUGCGUCUGACAAGUUUAUGGAAGAGACGCAGUGGAAACAGGUGGAGGCUGCCAAAGUGAACAAAAAGGAAAGCAACGGAAGUGGCUAAGGUUUUGAAAUGGGAAGACUAUGCCUUAGUACGCUGUUGCUGUGCGAGAAAACUGCUGUGGGCACCGGGCCUGCCGGGCACCGGGGCGCACUCCGCCGUCGUUUCACAAAUGUGAAGACCUGGAGUCUGUCGGAGUGCCAUCCCCUGCGCCUGCUGAGUUAUCUCUGCCAUGAGUUGACACCUGGGAGUAGCGAGUUAUG